AUGCCUGCGAAUUUGAACGCAAACAUGGACGCGAUCAUGAACGCGAACAAGGACACGAAUCUAGAUGACAACAUGGCCCAGAAUAUGGUCGCGAACAUAGACGCAUACUUGACUGCAAAUAUGGAUGCUAACAUGGACUCGAACAUGGACUCGACCGUUGACGCAAAUCUGGACUCGAAUAUGGACGCAAAUAUGGAUGCACGCGAAUUUGGACGCCAACAUGGACGCGAAUCUGGACGCAAACAUGGACGCCAACCUGCACGCGAAUUUGGACGCGAACAUGGACGCGAAUCUAGAGGGAACACUGGUGCGAACAUGGACGCAAACCUGGACGCGAACAGAGACGCCAACAUGGAUGAGAACAUACACUCAAAGUUAUACUCGAAGAGGGACGCCAAAAUGGACGCUAACAUGAAUGAGAAUAUGGAGGCGAACGUGGACAAAAAUUUGGACGCGAACAUGAAUCUGAACUUGGAGGCAAACCUUAACGCGAUCAUGGACUCAAACAUGGACGCGAAUGUAGCUUGA